GUCAGAAGUACCAUCUGCUGACAACCCUGCCCUUUUGGCUUGGCUUGCUCUACGUACUCUUCCCGCUGAACCUGCUGGUUUAUGGCCUGAAUGAUUACACGGAUGUGGAGCUGGAUGCCAACAACGAUCGCAAGGGGAACUUCAUGUACGGUGCCAAAUGCAGCCAAAAGCAGCUUAGGGACCUACCCCGGAUCAUGGCGAUCUUGAAUGUGCUGCCUGUGAUCGUGCUAGCCUUGGUCUCGGGCCGGUGGCUCGCCCUGGCCCUGUGGCUCCCUUUGGCCGUGUUUAUCAACGUGGCCUACAACGUGGAGCCCUUGCGGCUAAGCUCCAAGGGCCCGUUCGAGCUGCCCUGCGUCAUUAGCGGCUUUGCGUGCGUCACCUUGCUGGCCAGCAUCGUCAAUGACCUGCCAUGGCCACCGUGCGGGUACUGGGCGCACAUGACCUGCCUCGUUUUGCGAACUCAGCUGUGGACUGAGUUCCUCGACUUCGACCCAGAUGCCGCUUGCAACCGGCGAACGACGUCCACCCUCAUCGGCAAGGCGUGGUCGAAAGCGCUGGUCGUCAUCCUGCUAGCGACAGAAGCCCUGGUGACCUGGUACUUCUUCGAAGACUACUUGAUGCGCUUCUUCAGCAUCUCAGGGACUCCUAACUCUGCUUUGUUGCCCUUCUUACGACCCCGAUCCUCCGAGUAA